AUGACAACAAACAGCUCUCCACAAGUCCAGGCUAUUAACGUGAAGCCGGUCUACCACUGUCGUUGGUGUGAGAAAACAUUUUCAAGACGCGACCAUCGUCAACGUCAUGAGCGAGCGCACACCAAGGAGAGACCUUUCUUGUGUCAUCUCUGUGCCGCCUCGUUUGGCCGCCGAGACAUCCUCCAGCGCCAUUGCAUCCAUGUUCACGGUGCAUUAGCCAGCGACGAGAGGGAUGCCCUCAACCGUGGAGAUCGAUUGAAGGCGCAGGCCGCGCGACCUUCGAAGAAGCGGCGGAUAUCAGACGCAGCUGACGCUCUUCCGACUCUAGCUUUUGCUGCUGAUGAGCCUGUCCCGGUCGAUCCGGCGAGCAUUAAGGACCAAUUGGAUCAGGUUGCAAGACGAUAUGUUAUGCUAGAUAAUCUAGAUCAGCUGGAAAUGCUCAGUCAGGUCUCCCCUGGGCCUCCGGAUUUGGACACGAGCAUCUGGUCGGUGCUUUGUGAAUAUUUUGACUUCCCAGUGUCCCCGCAAGCAUCGGCGGCUUCACAACGUACCGAAGCUAUCCUCGAGUGCCCACCUACGGAGCCUCAGUUACAGCGUGCGUCCAGCAGGGUUUUUGAAAGGGUCACCGGGCUGACUCCGCCUCCACCCAGCUUCAUGCAAAGUAACAGAUCUCGAGGUCUCAUGCCUCCUCCUCAAAUCACGGUACCUCGCUCCAUCGGAGGCGGAAUCGACUUUGCCCUCCAACAGAUUGAUACUGGGCGCAUACUGACAAAUUACACCUCCCACAUCGCGCCAGGUCUGCCAAUGCUACAUCUUCCCACUAUCGACUUGAGUCCUUGGAUCAAACACGGGCACUCGAAGUGUGAUGGGUGCUGCCUCCCCAAUGGAUCUGUCGUCCCCGCCCGCCGUCGCGUCAACCGUUGCCUGAUGAUAAGUCUUCUCACUCUAGGUGCAAUUUGCGAUCAUCGGCAUGCCCUUGCCGAAAGGCUAUUUCGAGAGUCCGGGCCCGCAAUUCGAGAAUACCUCAAAGAAAUCCGGCUAAACAAGUCCGAUGAGCCACCGCCUUUGGAUCUUAUUCAAGCCCUGACUUUCUACAUUGCUUAUGGACUCUGCUCCGGAAGCAAACAAAUCGAAGAGAGCAUGCUAGGGCAUAUGAGCUGCCUUGGAAGUCUUGUUCAAGACGCUCAACUAUCAAAGCCUAUGUCAGAAUUCAAUUACGGCCCUAUGAAGCCAGGCCCCGAUGAUGAUUGGUUCCUAUGGGCAGCAGAAGAGGAAAGGAAGCGCACAUAUUUUGCUGUGCUUGUGUGCCAAAGUUCAGCGGUGAACUACCUCAACAUUCAGCCAUACUUGCAUUCGAAAGGAAUUGAAUGGACCUUGCCAGUUGAUGAAGAUCUCUGGGAGGCUAGAACCGCAGCUUCCUGGCGCGAGUUGAGACGACGCACGCCAGAUGCUCCACGAUUCAAGGAUGAGCUAGCCCUGCUCUUUGCUAAUCCAGCGCCAUCUUUUAAGACAGUGGCGGACUUUCCUACUUCAACUACGGGUGAGCAUCAAGAGCUUGAAUCGGACGAACCACACUUUGCAGCCACUCAAGCCGUUACCGAUAUCUCUACAAAUCGUAGAUUGCCUAGCCAAUACGGAUGCUUGGUCCUGAUAGGAGCAUUGAAUGUCAUGGUUUGGGAGCACGCCCAUGGCCGGACCUUCACGUUCGGCCUCACGGCUGGAGGACUAGUACGUGAUAAAGUUGCCUUGCUCAACAAGAGCAGCCUCUCCAACUCCUUAAGGCAGUGGCAGGAGAUGUGGCAGUCUUACCCAAAGCACUAUUCCCACGAAGAUGCACGAUACCGAAUUCUAGCGACCUGCGUUCCACUGCUUGAUCACGCCGAACUGCUUUUGCAUGUUGACAUCGCACAAGCAAAGGACGCGCUCUUCUCGAGAGACUACCAAAAGACCUCCAUGGCGUAUUCGAGCCUUCCUAUGGUCAUCGACGAUAGUGAUGACGUAUCCUUCGAUUCUGAAGCCGAUUCGCCGCGUUAUGAACAAGUACACCAUAAGAAGCGAUGCUAUGGGCUUCGCGGAGCUGCCGCAUACGCCGUGAAAGCUCUCGAACUAGCGUUCCGCAUAGGUCCAUGGUUUUCUUCCGAAGACGCAUGUUAUGAUGCUCCAAUUCAAUCCGUGGUGGCAAUGUUCUAUUGCACGCAGGUCGUAUCAAGCUGGCUGCUUGCUUAUUCCACGAAGUAUCAUCAAGAUGUGGACGUCACCAAUCCUCGGAGGGAACAGAUCGAGGACAAGGUUCUACUCAAGGCAAUCAAACAGCUCAUCAGCCAUCGCAACCAAACAUCACUGCCGUUUGAAGAUGAUACGAUAAGCGAUUUUUCAAUGGAGCUUUUCGACGAGAUGGCGAUCUUACAACUGGCCAUCGGUCUCAUCACCGCGCAUGUCCAGCUCCUGAAACGCGUCAGCUUCUGGCCUCCUGCUGCUCAUCUCAUCGAGGCGUUGCAAGUCCGAGCGAAUGCUAUACAAGAAAUGUCGAAACUCGUUCAGCCUAGCAAACCGGAUCACCAGUCACCAUCGCUUGUGCCGUUUCUCCAUUUUGGCGAGAGUGACACGGAUGCCGAUGGCUGGUCCCUUCAAACAACGAUUCCUCCGUGUGCGGGCUGA